AUGGUUCCCUCUCUCCCGCGUUUCCCUCCACCCGCGCUUGCUCACGCACAAGGCAACCGUCAACGAGAUGUUACUAGUCAAGAUAUGAACUGGGGGCCUUUUCCCUCUGCAUUACCAGAAAAUAUGGCCAAUAUCAUCGCCAAAGCCACUGAGGUAGCUCACUCAGCGGCUGUCAGCCUUGCAACUGUAAGCCAGAUUAAGAUUGGUCAGGAGUUACCUCCUGUUCCUCUCAAGGAGAAUGAACCAAACUCUUCGGUUUCGAUCCAUAACCUUCCCGGAAGGAUCAUCUUGGUCGGUGUGCCUGGUGCUUUCACUCCUACCUGCAGCUCUCAGGCACCUGGAUACAUCGAGAAUUAUGAAAAGUUCACCGCUAAAGGUAUCCAGGGCAUCUACGUGAUCAGUGUUAACGACGCGUUUGUUACGAAAGCUUGGAAAGCCAAGCUUUCUGGAGAUAAAGAAACUUCAGUCCGCUUCCUCGCUGAUGACAAGGCAUCCUUUUCAGGUGGCCUUGGGCUCACCUUCGAUGCUACUGCUGGACUGGGAGGCAUUCGUGCGCAGCGAUUCGUCCUCGUCGUCAAUGACGGAAAGGUCGAGAACAUCUUCGUAGAGCCCGAUGCGAGCAAAACGACCAUCACCGCUGCAGAAGAAGUCCUCGCUAAGCUCUGA